AUGAAGCCCGUAGCAGAAGAGGAUGAGAGGAGUACUUGUGUAUCUCUUUUCUCCAUUGCGGGCCAUGGAGGAGUGGGGAAGACCACCCUCACACAACUCGUCUUUGAUGAUGAGAGCUUAGACAAAUGUUUCAAAUCAAAAAUCUGGGUUUGUAUCUCCUUUCCCUUCAUUUUCAAUGCCAAAAAGGUCAUGAAAGAUAUGAUAGAAUAUGCUACAGGAAGUAAACCUGAAGUUGGGGGACUUGGCGCCCUGUUGGAAGCUCUUAAGAAACUGGUAUCAUGUGGGAAAUUUCUCCUUGUGUUAGAUGAUGCUUGGGAUGAUGAUGAUAUGUUUGCUUGGGGUAAAUUGUUUGCUUCUUUGAGGAGUGGACAAAGAGCAAGCAAAAUCUUAUUAACUACUAGAAAGGAAAGUGUUGCAGACAUGGCUUCAUCGGCUUUGGGAGGAUUGAUAAGUAUUCAAUGA